UUGGCGCUUCGCCGUCGCAGCAUGAGAGACCGCGGGAGGAGUCGCUCGUUGGACGGCUGUACUUUUCUGCUUAAAAUUACCAGUUUAAAGUGCUUUCUGUCCUGUUUUCUAGAGCACAGCAUGUGGGACAGAAGAGCUAAUAGACACUGAGAGGAGACAAACAGGAUGUCCCUAAGCUGCACAUCAAAACACAAGGAGUGAGCACUGCAGAAGAUCACAAUGGCAGAAGCUGAACACCCUUCAGUGUCACUGCACAGCCUCCCAUGUGAAUCAGACUGCUUUGGGGACACAGUGACCUCUUAUGCUGAGGACUCACCAGCACUCGUGGAUAUGUGUGUAAAAUGUGAGCCUGAAGAUUGUACUGAGGUUCAGGGCUUCGGUGCUGAAGAGAUGGGCUCAGGGCUGCAUCUGGACACUAGUCAAAUUAAAUCCGAGAUUGUACUGGUCAAAGUGCAGGAAGAAAAUGCAAAUCUACAGCUGUGCAGUACUACUAAGGUGAUCUGUCCUCCCUUAGAGCAGUUAAACUCACCUAUUUCUGUUUUAUCCAAACAAUACAAAUCAGAAACAGAUGACAUGAAAGUAGAGCAACAUUCUCAGUUUCAGAAAAUUUCUUGUGCAGUGAAGGACAUUAGUGAAGCUGCUUGUUGUAUAAAGGAUGAGUGGACAGAAUUGAAGGUGAAUGAAUUAAACUCUGUUCCUUGUCCUUUACCAAAACAGUGUAAAACAGAGAGAGAUGAAGUAAAGGUAGAGCAGCAUUCCCAGUUAGAGGGACCUGUUAGUACAGAGUCAGAAAUUAGUAAAGCUUUAGAUCGUAGUGUAAAGGAAGAGUGUAAUAAUGUGCAGGCUGCACAUAACCUUCUACAAAGUAAUUCAGUGAAGGUGGAGAACAGUAUAGAUACUGCUGGAAAUGAUAUCCAGACAUGCAAACAGAAUUCUUUAGAACAACCUGUAGUACAUUCUGGCAAGAACCCAAACACCUGUAGUCAAUGUGGAAAAGUUUUUUCCUGCAGAGGUCUCUUAAAACAGCACCAGUCUAUUCAUUCCAGUGAGAAACGGUAUAAAUGUAGUGAAUGCGGGAAGAGUUUUUCCCAAGGAGGCAACUUAAAACAGCACCAGCUUGUUCAUACUGGGUUGAAAUUUAAAUGUAUUCAGUGUGGAAAGAACUUUUCUUCUCAAUAUUACUUAAAAAAACAUGAGAUUAUUCAUUCUGAUGGCAAACCAUACAAAUGUAGUGAAUGUGGAAAGUGUUUCUCUGUCAGAGGAACCUUGAAACGGCACCAACGUGUUCAUUCUGGUGAGAAACCCUAUAAAUGUAGCCAGUGUGGGAAGUGUUUUUCUCAUGAACAUCCCUUAAAACGACACCAGCUUGUUCAUACUGGUGAAAAGCCAUAUAAAUGUAGUGAAUGUGGAAAAAGUUUUUCCCAAGGAGGCCAGCUGAAACUGCAUGAGCUUGUUCAUUCUGGUGAGAAACCAUAUAACUGUAGUCAGUGUGGAAAGAGUUUCUCAUGUAGAGGUCACUUAAAACAGCAUCAGCUUGUUCAUUCUGGCUUGAAAUUUGAGUGUUUUCAGUGUGGAAAGAACUUUUCUUCUCAAUAUUACUUAAAAAAGCAUGAGAUUAUUCAUUCUGGUGAAAAACCAUAUAAAUGUAGUGAAUGCGGGAAGUGUUUUUCUGUUGAGGGUACCUUAAAACGGCACCAGCUUGUUCAUUCUGGUGAGAAACCAUUUAAAUGUACUCAGUGUGGGAAGUGUUUUUCCCAAGGAGGUACUUUAAAACGGCACCAGUUUAUUCAUUCGGGAGAGAAACCAUAUAAUUGCAAUGAAUGUGGACAAAAUUUUUCAAGUAAAGCUCAUUUAAAACAGCACCAGCGUAUUCAUUCUGGUGAGAAACCAUAUAAAUGUAAUGAAUGUGGACAAAGUUUUUCAAUUCGAGGCAACUUAAAGCAGCACCAGCUUGUUCAUUCUGGCAAGAAACCGUAUAAAUGUAGUGAAUGUGGACAAAGUUUUUCAGUUCAAGGUAAUUUAAAGCAGCACCAGCGUGUUCAUUCUGGAGAGAAACCAUAUAAAUGUAGUGAAUGUGGGAAAAGUUUUGCUUUGAGGCGCUAUUUAAAAAGCCAUGAGAGGACACAUGGAGGCGGUAAACACUAUGAAUGUAGUGAAUGUGGAAAGACGUUCUUCCAGUCGGCCAAGUUCCAGCAGCACCAGCUUAUUCACUCUUACGAGAAAUCGUACAAGUGCGGCGAGUGCGGGAAGAUUUUUUCUCAGCAGCGUUAUUUAAGAAAACACCAGGCGAUCCAUUCCGGUGAGAAACGGUAUAGAUGCGCUGAGUGUGGGAAGAGUUUCUCGCAAGCGAAUCACUUGAAGCAGCACCAGCCUCUUCACUCUGGGGAGAAACCGUAUGAGUGCAGUGAGUGUGGCAAGAGUUUUGCCCGAGAAAGUAGCUUGAAAGUCCACGAGCGUAUCCACUCUGGCGAGAAACCGUACAAGUGUCGGGAAUGUGGGAAAAGCUUUUCCCAAGGAGGCAACUUGAAACAGCACACACUUAUUCAUACGGGGGAGAAACCGUAUGAGUGUAGCCAGUGUGGAAAGACUUUUGCUCUGAGGCAAUGUUUAUUUAAGCACCUGCUUAUUCAUUCUGGUGAGAAACCAUAUACCCAUAGUCAAUGUGGAAAAAGUUUUUCCCAAAGUAGUCCCUUAAAACUCCACCAGCUUGUUCACACUGGUGAGAAGCCAUAUAAAUGCAGUGAAUGUGGAAGAAGUUUUUCCCAAGCCGGUCACUUAAAAGAGCACAAGUUUAUUCAUUCCGGUGAGAAACCAUACAAUUGUAGUGAAUGUGGAAAAAGUUUUUCUCACAGAAAGCAGAUCAUUUUAAAACAACAUCAGCGUAUUCAUUCUGGUGAAAAACCAUACAAAUGUAGUGAAUGUGGAAAAAGUUUUUUCCAUAGGGGCACCUUCAAUCAUCACCAGCGUGCUCAUGGAGAGAAACCAUAUAAAUGUAGUCAUUGUGGGAAAAGUUCUUCUAGAAGAACCAUGAUAGAACAGCACCAGGUUGUUCAUUCUGUUGAGAAACCACAUAAAUGCAGUGAGUGUGGAAAGUGUUUCACCCGAAGAGAUCACUUAAAACAGCACCAGCUUAUUCAUUCUGGUGAGAAACCGUAUAAAUGUGGUCAGUGUGAGAAAAGUUUUUACCUUCUAGACAAGUUAAAACAACAUCAGCAUGUUCAUUCCGGGAAGAUAUUUAAAUGUAUUCACUGUGGGAAGAAUUUCUCCUGUCAAAAUUACUUAAAAAAGCAUGAGUUUAUUCAUUCUGGUGAGAAACCUUUUGCAUGUAGUGAAUGUGGAAAGUGUUUUUCUCGAUCUACUCACUUAAAACAGCACCAGCUUAUUCAUUCUGGUGAGAAAUUAUAUACAUGUAGCCAAUGUGGAAGAAGUUUUUCCCGAGGAGGUACUUUGAAACAGCACUUACUUGUUCAUACUGAUGAGAAACCGUAUAAAUGUACUGAAUGCGGGAAGAGUUUCUCUCAGUGUUCUGAAUUAAAACAACACCAGCUUGUUCAUUCUGGUGAGAAACCAUAUAAGUGCGGUCAGUGUGGAAAAAGUUUUUCCAGAAUAGGCACCUUACGACUUCACCAGCAUCUUCAUUCUGGUGAGAAACCAUAUAAAUGUGAAUGUGGAAAAAGUUUUUCUCGAUCUAAUAACUUAAAACAGCACCAACUUGUUCAUUCUGGUGAGAAACCGUAUAAAUGUAAUGAAUGUGGAAAAACUUUUUCCCAUGGAGGUACCCUGAAACUCCACCAGCUUCUUCAUUCAGGUGAGAAGCCAUACAAAUGUAGUGAAUGCGGAAGGAGUUUUUCUCGAUCCAGUCACUUAAAACGUCACAUGCUUCUCAAUUGCGAUAAUAUAAAUGUAGUCAAUGUGGAUGAUGUUUUUCCCAGUUAAAAUGUCACCAGCAUGCUUAUUCUAGUGAGGAACCAUAUACAUGUAGUAAAUUUGCAAGUGUUUUUCUCAAACUUGCAUUUUAUUUGUGGCAAACGGUAUAAAUGUCAAUGUGGAGAAAAGGUUUUUUUUUUUUUUUUUUUCCUUUUUCCUUUUCCUGAAAUGCUCAUUUAGAAGUACACUUGUGCGUUCAUUCCAGUGAGAAGUCGUAUAAAUGUUGUGACGGUGGAAGUUUUGAUCUGAGGCAGUAUUUUACAACUUGAUAACGCACUAGAAAAAUACCUUAAAUUCUUCAAAGUGUGAACAGACAAACUGACAAGAGAACUAAUGCUCGUGAUAUAAAAGUGAAAAGAAAUGGUGAAAUCUCUGCCACAUAUUAAGUGAAACUUACAAAUAUGAGUUUUGUGCAGAUUGACAGAAGAGCAGACUGUCAGCCUUUUCUGAGAUGUGCCCUUUGGGAAUAACAGUGAGGUUAGUUGUGUGUACUGUGGACCCAAAGAAUGCAUUUUCGCAUUCCUGACGUUUCAGAUUGUUGGACUUUCAUCUAGGACGGCAUCAGGAACUAUGAACCUUGUGUAGGAACUCUUCACAGUACGAAAGACUGAAUUAUGUUACACUGAGUGACUCAAAACGUAACAAGUAUAACAGCAGUUUGCCUUUCUUUCUAAAUGUAUUGGAACCUGACUUUACCGAAUAUAUUUACUGUUAUAUGUUUCCCUCCAUAGUGUAAAAAGCAGCAGUUCCUUUUUACUUGGUUCAGAUUCUCAGACUUGCUCCAGUGUUGUGGGGCUCAAAUGACUUUGUAAAACAUUACAGGGAAAUAAAGUAUUGUUUUUAAA